AUGAUGAACUCAAUUGUGAGUCAAUUUUCAACAUAAAAUUGAAAAUAAUCACAGAAAAAAGUGAAACUGAAAUAAAUGAGAAGACUGUUACGCCUGGGGGCUAACAGCCCCUAGUCUUACGAAAUGCAAAAAAAAAAGGGUAGGGGGAAAGAGUUUUUUCAGAGCUUGAACUAUGCAAUAUUUGUGGCUUCUGAUUUACCAGUUCUAAGCAAUUUAUGCUUAGAACUGGUAACAAAACACAAAGAAGUAAAGCAAGAACUCAUUGAAGCUCUCGGACCGGCCUUCAAUAGGAAUCCUGUGCAAGUUGUCCAAAGGAUGCGAGUUCUGAUAAAAAACCAAAAUGCAGCAAAUUGGUCAACAGAACGAAGGUAUUUCAUCAACAUUGAAGAUCAUCAAAUCAUAACACUUGGGAUGAAGAAGAAAAUAAGAAAACAGGUAUUGGCCUGUACACUUAUUUAUGCAUCAGAAGGUCAAGGCUUGGAAAAAUUGCGCCGGAUGAUUGAGUGAGUACAACUUUAAAUACAUAUACUUUAUCCCCCACGUACUCAAUAUUUUUCAGUGCCGCAAGUAGAGAUACAUUCAAAAAGGCGACGGCAAAAAAUGGAAGAUUUGUACAAUGCUUAUGA